AUGGCUGAGUGCGCCAAGGAGAAUGACGCAACGGGUCUCCGCACGAUGCUUGAGUGCUGCUUGACAACCACCCUUCAGGUCUACUGCCCGUCCUUGACUAUGACUCAGCCCGAGUUCACGGUGAGGCUGGCGACAAGGGCCUUGAAACUGUCGGAAAGCCUGAAGGCGGAGGUCCUGGUCUCCGACAUGAACCAGGCGGAUCAAGUCAAGAUGGUCUCAGGUCUAACAGAGAGGCUUACUUUCAAUGGCCAGAAGGUUGACAAGAACAUCAUCUCCGCUGCGGUCUCGGUCUACAAGGUGAAGGCAAAGUCCCCCGUGUUCUUGGCCUGGCUCCAGGACUUCACAGACCAACAUGGUCAAACUUUGACCCAUUCGUCCAAAAAGAUGAGGUCUUUGACAAAGCAGGGUCCAGAGAUGGCGGAAUUCUGCAUCAAGAUGCUUUGCAGCCUCGUGUCUCGGUGUCUUCUCCAGGUCUCAGAGUUGACAGAGGAUGUCGUCGAAAAGUAUUGCGGCAUCAUUGCUGCCAUGAAGGCCUUGUUCGACGCACUGGACUCCAUUGUGGCCUUGCUGCCUGUGGAAGUGGCCUCUCCGCAGUUCCUCGGCAUCUUCAAGAUGGUGAAAGAUCCAGGCCUCUAUGACCGCGAGAAAGCAGAAGCCGCAAUGUCCAGCCUGGCAGCAGUGGUCCGGCCGGUCUUGAUGUUCUGCAUCUCUUGCAUGGAGAGGGAGAAGGACAUCUCGAGCGACGACGACUUCGUCAAGUUGAUCAAGGGGAAGCAGAACAUUCUGGACGUCAUCACAUCAGGGGACGACUCGGAGCUGGCCAAGGAAUUCCGAAAGGUGACCGCAGGCCUCUCAGAGCAGCGGAACGCGGUGGCCAAGGUCCCCCUGGCGGCAAUGAUGACUGGGUCUUUGGAGGAUCUGAACAGCGACAUUGCCAAGGCAGAGAAAGCCCGAGCGCUGAUCUUGCAGAAGGUGCGUCGCGUGCGUUCGAAGUGGUCGAAGAUUUUUUCCGGCGACCCGGCCUCUAUGCCACUCAUUAGUUUCGACGGUGAGCCCAAUGCUCGCCACCGUCUGUGGCUGGUUUCUGCAGAAUUGGUCUCUCAGGCACCUGCAGCCAACAAGCACCCGGAAGCAGCGCUCGUCAUGGACAAUGACAUGGAGAAGGUCUUCCUCGAUAAGUUGAACUGGGCUGUCAAACAGAGUCGGAAGGCCUUCGACACUGUUCUGGUCUCGGACGGUCGCUGCCGACGCAUGCGUCCCGCCAUACAGCAGGCUUGCACCGCUGUGCCAUCUUUCCAGAUGCAGGUCUUGUUCAAGGACUCGGACCGCUUCAGUCUGUUGGAGACACAGCAACAGCAGAGCUCUAUGGAAGACUACGUUCCCAGAGAUAUGGCCUACUGGGUCAUCCCGGGCAUGGCCUUGCACGAGUAUCAGCCACCCUCUCGCGAGGACAGAUACAAGGGCCUCGGAGGCAACCUCGUGUUCACAGGCGUUCCUGCCUUGGAAACCGCAGACGUGACCCGUGUGAGUUUGGGUGUUUCCAAAAAGUUGUGGCCUGCGCGCGUGGCCCCGACGCCGGACAAGCUCCAGGAAGAUGGCCUCAUUGCCUGGUGCAGUUCCGAUGUCAUGUCUACUCAAGGUCUCCAGGCGAUCCUCCGAUCUCUACACGCUGCUGCAGUCAUGGACUUGACACCAGGGCCAACAGCGGCGAAGGUUUGCCUCCAAAACGACAUCCCGUACACGGGUCUCAUGCAUAAUGAUGAAGGCAAGGAGUGGCUGGAGACACUGCUGGACAUGGAGGCCUUGAAGCUGGUCGCUAAUUCAAAGGUCACCAAGUUUUAUGACGAGGACCUGGCCGAGGAAAUUCAGGAGAACUUUCCUGAGGUCUUUCAAGAACAAGAGGAGCAGCAGAAGGACGAAGAUGAGGCAGAAUAA